AUGGCCAAGUCCAGAAUCCUCGCAGCUGCAACGCACAUCACGCGGCGAGCCGCAAGGCGCAGAUACUCGGUUGUCUCUACUAUUCUUGUGGUUUUCCUUUUGUUGCCUAUAUUUCUGUAUUUCCUGCUGGGAAAGGUGAUCGCCAAUGAUCCCCGGCUGGUUCCACAUGCUAUUCGACACGCCCAAAACGUGCUUCUUAUCACGGCGCAUCCCGACGAUGGGGCUUUGUACUUCGGUCCUAGUAUGCUGCAGGGCUGGGGUAGGAAGCAUGUGAAUUUGUACAUGCUUGUUCUGUCGUCGUCUGGGGGCAAGUCAGAUGGUCGGGCAGAGACGCGACGAGCAGAAACAAAGGCGUCCUGUGCAGAGCUGGGCGUCGUCGACAAGAAAUGCCUCAUUCUCGAAAACAAGGGUCUUCAAGGCGAUUCCCCCAAGCCAUGGGACGAGCAGAUAGUCGAACGGGUUCUCGAACGACAUGUCAAAAAGUGGGACAUCGACCUGAUCAUCACCUUUGACGAGUAUGGCGGCGUAUCUGGCGCAGGGGCGAAUCAUGAUCAGCAGCACCGGUCUGUUAACAAGGGAGUCCAGAGAUUCAUCAAGAAUAAACAUCGUCAGGUUGGCAAAGACGAAGAGCAUAAACCCACGGCAUAUGCGCUGCAGACAACAUUCGUCCUGAGGAAAUAUCUAUCUCUGGCCGAUUUGGUCCCGACCUCGUUCCCGUUCACCCUGAGAAUACUCGAGGCGCUUCUCACGUCGGUGCAUGAAACGCCGGCAGAACCGACUUCUGGUGGAAAGCUGGCGCCUCCCAAGAAUGGCGAUGUAUACGGAGACAGGGCGCUCAUUGUAACGGAUUGGGGCCGACAUACAAGAGCUCAGGCGGCCUUGGGGGAACAUGCGUCUCGAUAUACUUGGGAUAGAGUUUUGUACUCAGUUCUGAGCCGGUAUAUGUGGUUCAAUGAUCUACGGCGGAUGUGA